AUGCCCAGUCAUGGUGUGCCACGGUACAAACCAGUUGAGAAGUCCCCCGAGACACGACAGCAAGAGCUGCAGAAGAUAGAAAAUUACAGGAAUCUCGAGCUUUUGGUGGCUGAGCAUGAGUACACAAUCGAGACCUUGAAGAAGAUCUCGGAGCUGCUGUCUAGCAAUCCAGAAUACUACACAGCCUGGAACUACCGCCGAAAGGUACUGCAGUAUCAAUUCUCUCAAGUAGGAGGCUCAGAUGAUGAUGAGGCUGCUGCCCAUUCAACCACGGAGCUGAUCGUAAAUGAUCUACAUUUCCUGAUUCCCCUUCUCCGGAGCUUCCCUAAAUGCUACUGGAUCUGGAACUAUCGUUUGUGGCUGUUGGAUGAGGCUCGCCGUCUACUACCCCUUCCCGACGCCCGAGCAAUCUGGCAGCAAGAACUUGCCCUUGUGGGUAAGAUGUUGACUCUUGAUAGCCGGAAUUUCCACGGGUGGGGUCAUCGACGCUUCGUGGUUGAGACCCUGAAGGAGCUUGUUACUGCUGAAGAAGCGACAAGCAUGACUCAGAAGGAAUUUGAAUACGCGAAGAAGAUGAUCGGUGCCAAUCUUUCCAACUUCUCCGCAUGGCAUUACCGGACAAAGCUUAUCCAAUCCCUUUUGGACGAGCAAACUGCCAGCGAUGACGAUCGGAGAAGAAUGUUGGAUGAUGAACUGUCUCUUAUUCAUCAAGCAUUUAUUGAUCCUUAUGAUCAGUCACUUUGGUUCUAUCACCAAAAUUUGAUGAGUGUGUUCGACCCGUCGAUGGCCGAACGAACUAUGGCUCCCAAUUUGAGCUCGUCCGACCGGCUGGAAUACAUUAGAAAUGAGAUCGAAGAAAUCAAGGAGAUGUUGGAUGGGGCUGAAGACUGCAAAUACAUCUACCAGGCAUUAAUUGAGUACACCAUUCUCGCAUCCAAGGUGGAAGGCAGCUUGUCUUCUGAGGAUCGGGACCAGAUUCUGAGCUGGCUCGCAGAACUGAAGAAGCUGGAUCCCCUGCGACGAGAAAGAUGGCUUGAUUUUGAGAAGACCUUGUGA